AUGGACAGGAGGUAUUUUACUUGCGUAUUGUGUGGAGGGAGACCUCUUUCACAUGAGCGCCGUCCCGUUCAGUCUGGGCAAAUAAACAUCCUGUCAAAAAACUUUGCAGUUGAUGCAACUGUAUCAGACAUUUUGUGCAAUAAGUGCCGCCACAAAUGUCGUAACAUAUCUAGAAAAAGGGAGGUGUCACGGUGCACAAUUUCUGAUAAAGAUGAAGCUAAUGAUCCAUCUUUUACAUCACCAAAGCGCACUAAAUUAACAGUCAUGUCAAGUCCUCCAUCUGUGUCAUUACCAUUCUUAUCUUCCACCAAAAGUCAUGGCUACUGUUUUGUGUGUAAAAAGCCGGGACCAAAACUUAUUUCUAUUUCAAAUCAUGCUCGUUUACAUGUACUAAUCGUAGGAGAAAUAAUAAUUCCUUCAGGGGCAAGGUGCUGUGCAAGUCACAUGAUAGACGGUAAGCUUUCGGAGAAAGAUAUAGAAAAAAUUAAGACCAGUGAGGGUGUGUUGCUGAAUAGGACCUCAGUGUAUAACAUUAUUCAGGACUUACGGGAAAUAGCUUCCCGCAAUACCAGGCUAGAUUUUGAUGAUGAGGGCAGCAUGGAUGACGAUGACUACAAGAUUCUUACUGGACUUACUCGUGGGGAAUUUCAAGAUGUUGUGUCAACGGUGACCAGUAUCAACUCAACGAAAGUAAGAAGUAAGAGGACAUGUAUUGCUAUCAUGCUGGUGAAACUGCGUACAGCGAUGUCAAACAAAAUGCUGAGCGUUUUAUUCAACAUGACAAAGCAUCAGAUAAGACGAGCUGUUAAAUCAGGGAGAAAAGCACUGAUGACAGAUUUUGUACCCCAAAAUCUGGGUUUUCAACACAUCACGCGGGAGGCAGUGAUUGAGAAUCAUACGCGCCAACUAGCUAGGGAUCUUUUCAAUGGCAGUGCUACCACAGAUCCGGCAAUUCUAGUGCUAGAUGGAACUUAUGUGUAUAUUCAAAAAAGUUCUAACUUUGCAUUUGCCAGAAGGUCUUAUAGCAUCUACAAACACAGACCCCUCGUUAAACCCAUGAUGGUUGUAACUACCACGGGUUACAUAAUCUCCGUCCUUGGACCCUACCUAGCUGAUGCCAAAAACAAUGAUGCUAGCAUUCUGAGACAUAUGAUCCUACACAACACUGAAGAAAUGAAAUCCUGGUUAAAAGAGGACGACGUGUUUGUUGUGGACAGGGGUUUCAGGGAUGUUGGAGAUGUGUUGGGUGAUCUCGGUAUCCAAAUGGAAAUGCCGUCCUUCAUGCAGAGUGGAGAAAAACAACUGACAACCCAUGAUUCAAAUAUUUCUAGAGUGGUCACAAAG